AUGGAGCCCCAAACGACCGCCAAGGUGGUGCUGACGACCACUAAAGGCCCCAUUGAGGCGGAAUUAUUUGCCAAAGAGGUGCCGCUGGCUUGUACACGCUUCCUGCAGCUCUGCAAGUCCGGAUACUACGACUCAAAGCCGUUCUACCGAGUGCUGCCGGGAGAACUGAUCCAAUGUGGCCAACAGGAGGCUGGAAACAACACAAACAGCUACCCUAAGCUUAAAGACGAACCACAUACCCGAAUCAAACUCAAACGAGGCUACUUGGCCAUGGCUAGCGAAUACACCGAGAACAACCGACGGGUCCCCAAUUCUGCCACCACGGAGUUCUUUAUUGCUCUCAAAGAAAUCCCCUUCAGCGGAACUGUGAUUGGAAAAAUCACCGGAGACACUAUUUACAACGCCCAAGAUAUCGCUCGAGGAGAAUUGACCGAAGAUGGAUACCCGAUGUACGUUCAAACGGUGCAGAACGUGGAGAUAGUGCUGGGAGGAGGGCUGGUGCAAGAGACACAAAAGGCGGGCGCCGACGCGGGCGCCGACGCGGAGUCACGUGAAAACAAGUCUGGUUCACGUGAUAGACCGAAGAAGCCAAAACGAAAGCUUCAGGUGAACCAUGACGAUGACGACGAUGAGGAGCCUGUUUUUACGAAAAAGAGUGUCUCCAAGCUGGUUGAAGACAAGUUCAAGAAGGACAACACCAACGUCGCAAAGAAGCCCAAGGUGGAGGCGUCCGCGGAACAACCGGAACCUGCUGCCGUUCAAGCAACCACCACCCAUCACGUGCAAGAUGCAGAAGACAUGACCACAGAAGUUGACACUGUUGUUUCAGAACGGCUGGAAAAGUUCAGAAACAUGUCACGUACUAAGCCAGACACAAAGCCCAAGUCCAUGUUAAUUUCCCAAGAAGACAGAAUCAGACGACGACUAGGACUAGGUCCCGAUGAAGAUAUUCCUUCGGAUGCCUCGGACCCUUCGUCAGAUGAAGAUGACGAUUUUGACAUUUUCAAACACAAAUUCAUUUGUCCAGAGGACGACAAGGCCGAGGACUCGUUGAUUACUUUGGGAGCAUGA